AUGGAAUUCAAAGACCCGCUCCCACUUAUAGAAAGACCUGAGUUUAUCCAUACAUCUGUAGAGUCAGAUGGAUCUGAGAAUGGAAGAGAAAUAUCAUUGGCAACAUAUGGCUACCUUAUAUUAUUUGUAAGUUGGACAGUAUUCAUCAUUUCGAUGAAUACUUUGUUUAAGGUGUGGUCCUUUGUAAUAUAUCCCUUAUCAUUAGAUCCCAUGACUAGACCUAAAUAUUACAGAUUAACUACAUUUUUUGAACACCUCGAUUAUUACGUGCUAAGUUGUUGGUGUAUUUAUGUGGUUUUCUGGUGGUGGUCCUGCGCUUCUUGGGUUGGACUAAAACUAUUCAGACAUUCUAAAGGUAUUCUGGUAAGUUCCUAG